AUGAGUGGUCUCGCCGACGAACUGCUCGCCGACCUCGAUGGUCUAUCAGAUGUUGAAGAAGAAUACGAAGAGAAAGAGCUUGGAAAGUCAGCUUCAACUAUCAAUCCUCUGAAGAGAAAGGCAGAUGACACCGGUUCCGAUGCUGAAAUGGACGAUGCUGAAGAGGAGGCCGGUGAAGGCCAGCAAGCAGUGGGCAGCCUGGUCCUUGCUGGAGGCGUAAAACCAGCAGAAGAGCUUGAUGCUGAAGACGUCCAGCAGAUGGAACUGGGCAGCGUCGAGGACGUGACCAAUAUUGCUAAACUUGAUGGCAGUAAGAGGAUGACCGACCUUUUGAAGGAAAUCGAAAAAUACCAGGCAAAUCCAAGCACACCUGAGGCCAUGGCGCUCCCCGCCCAUAUGAAUCCUGAAUACACGCUCAUCGUCCAAGCCAAUAACCUUUCUGUUGAUGUUGAAAACGACAUUAUGGUCGUUCAUAAGUUCAUUCGAGAUCAUUACGCUCCAAAGUUCCCUGAACUUGAACAACUGGUGACCGACCCGGGGAUGUACAUUCGUUCCGUGCGCGUUCUCGCGAACAACGAGGACCCUACGAAAGUCGAAUUGGCCGGCGUUCUGCCCCCGGCUGUAAUCAUGAGUGUCGUCGUCACUGCCACAACAACGUCAGGCAAACAAUUAUCCAACGCCCAGUGGGAGGCUGUCCAACGCGCCUGUGAUCUUGCGGACCGUUUGGAAGAGGCUCGGAAAGUGAUUUUCAUGUACGUCAGUUCUAGAAUGAACGUUUUGGCACCCAAUCUUUCAGCAAUUGUUGGCACCACUACAGCUGCGAAACUCUUAGGUGUUGCGGGCGGCCUCGGUGCGUUGGCAAAGAUGCCGGCUUGCAAUGUUCAUCUUCUUGGAGCUCAAAGGAAAAUAGCAGCCGGCUUUUCAACAGCUACGCAAAAACGGCAUACGGGUUUCAUAUUCCAGUCUGAACUUGUGAUACAAACUCCACCAGAAUAUCAGCUCAAAAUACAACGCACAAUUGGAGCAAAGUCCGUUUUAGCAGCUCGCAUGGACCUGGAACGGCAGCGCCGAGAUGGAAGCUAUGGUGAAUCAUUACGCGACAAAAUUGAAAAACACAUCGAUCGUCUCGCCGCUCCUCCUCCCUCCAAGGUGACGAAAGCUCUACCAGUUCCAGGCGAUGGUCCAAAAAAACGAAGAGGCGGAAAACGGGCACGAAAGGCUAAAGAAGCCUAUGCUCAGACAGAAUUACGGAAGCUGCAGAAUCGCAUGGCUUUCGGAGAGGCGGAACAGGAAGUGGGUGCCUUUGAUCAGACCAAGGGGAUGGGUUUGAUCGGUGCCGGUACUGGUAAAGUCCGAGCAGGCAUGGGAGAAGCUAACAGUAGAGCCAAAUUGUCGAAGGCCAAUAGAUUGCGAACGUCAGCAUUGACUCGUGCCGCCCAAUCUUCCGGUUCAGGAACUGCGACCUCAUUGAGUGUUACACCAGCACAAGGAUUUGAGCUUACGAAUCGGGCAACUGCAGCGCAGCGUGUAAAGGAAGCUAAUGAGAGAUGGUUUGCAGCCGGGAGCUUCUCGUUCGUAGGUCAGAAGGGUACCUGA